AUGGAAGCCCCAUUCUCAUCACCCUCCCACCAGAGGCCCUCCAACCAAACACAACCAACAUACUUCACCCCAUCGAGCGCCACAUCCACAAACACAUCCUCAUCAGCGCAACCGAGGUCCUACACCCAGACCGGACCACCACAAUACCAGUCCGCCCCCGCGCAACACCAACAAGCACAAGCAGCACAACAACAGCCAGCGGGAGGCAAUGGAGAUAGUGGUGGAACGACGCCCUUCCUCCGGGAUUUCAACCUAGUAGCCGAGGCAGCGAAACGGGCGCAGAUGGCCGUCUUGAUGCGGGAUAUGGAGGCUGUAGGAUUAUAA